UUCCAGACACCCGCCGGGCGUUGGGAGCCGGUGGCGGCAUGGACGCGGACAGCCUCCUGCUGUCGCUGGAGCUGGCUUCGGGCAGCGGGCAGGGCCUGAGCCCGGACCGUCGGGCCUCGCUGCUCACGUCGCUCCUGCUGGUGAAGCGCGACUACCGCUACGACCGCGUCCUCUUCUGGGGCCGCAUCCUCGGCCUGGUCGCCGACUACUACAUCGCGCAGGGCCUGAGCGAGGACCAGCUGGCCCCGCGCAAGACGCUCUACAGCCUGAACUGCACAGAAUGGAGCCUCUUACCCCCGGCCACAGAGGAGAUGGUGACACAGACAGAUGUGGUGAAGGGCCGCUUCAUGGGGGACCCCUCACAUGAGUAUGAGCACACAGAGCUCCAGAAGGUGACCGAGGGCGAGAAGUCUUUCGAUGAAGAAGUCGUGGUCCAGAUCAAGGAGGAGACCCGCUUGGUGUCUAUCAUUGACCAGAUUGACAGGGCUGUGGCCAUUGUUCCCCGAGGUGCCCUCUUCAAGACCCCUUUUGGGUCUACUCAUGUCAAUCGGACCUUUGAAGGACUCUCCAUGUCUGAGGUCAAGAAGCUCAGUUCCUACUUCCACUUCAGGGAGGCUGUGGACCUGAAGAACAAGACCUUGCUUGAGAAGGCUAACCUGGACCCCUCCCUGGACUUCCUGGAUUCCCUGGAGUAUGACAUCCCCAAAGGGUCUUGGAGCAUCCAGAUGGAGAGGGGCAACGCUCUGGUGGUGCUACGCAGCCUGCUCUGGCCAGGCCUCACCUUCUACCAUGCUCCUCGUACCAAAAACUAUGGCUACAUCUACGUGGGCACCGGGCCUAUUCUGCCUUUCUUCAUUCCCCCCUCCCUCUGGGGUCCAGCUCCGAGAGGUCUACCAGGCCAGGAAACCCAGUCCAAAGCACUGGCCUCUGGAAAACUGGAAUGUGCGACUGCAGGAGACACUAGAACACGACUGCUGGCAACAGCUGGAGGUGACAACCUCCAACCUUCCUUUGAGGAAGACAAAUGAAAUGGACAAAUGUGGGCUACCCGCGGGCCAGGUACCCCAACCCACCUCUUCACAGCCCCCAUGCAAAAGCACCAACUGCCAAUAGAGU